AUGGUCCAGAACAAGAGCUUCAUCUUCAAGAACCCGCCCGUCGGCGUUCCCAAGGCCGGCGUCGACCUUACCGUCGAGGACCGCGCCUUCGACCUUGAGGCCGCUCCUCCGGCCGGCGGCAUCACCGUCAAGCACUUCUACGCCUCCCUGGACCCCUACCAGCGUGCCCGCAUGAGGGAUCCCAAGAUCAAGUCGUACUUCCCAGCCCUCCAGCUCGACCAGCCCAUCGACAACAGCGUCGUCAGCAAGGUCCUGAAGAGCGACAAUGAGAAGUUCAAGGCCGGUGAUCUUGUCAUCGGCAUGAUGCCUAUCCAGGAGUACAGCGCCCUCUCCGCCCAGCAGGCCCAAGGCGUCCGCCUCAUCCAGAACCCCCACGGCCUUCACGCCUCCAACUUCAUCGGUCCUCUCGGCAUGACCGGUCUGACCGCCUUCUCCUCCUUCUACGAGAUUGGCAAGCCCAAGAAGGGCGAGACCAUCUUCAUCUCGGCUGCCAGCGGUGCUGUCGGCCAGAUUGUCGGCCAGCUGGCCAAGCACGAGGGCCUGAAGGUCGUCGGCAGCGUCGGUGAUGACAAGAAGCUUGACUUCAUCACCAAGGAGCUCAACUUCGACGCUGGCUUCAACUACAAGAAGGAGAAGACGUCUGAGGCUCUCGCCCGCCUGGCCCCCCAGGGCAUCGACAUCUACUACGAGAACGUCGGCGGCGAGACUCUCGAGGCUGCCAUCGACGCCAUGAACAACCAUGGCAGGAUCAUUGCCUGUGGCAUGAUCUCGCAGUACAACCUGCAGCCCGAGGAGCGCUACGGUAUCAGCAACCUGUUCCACGUCGUCAGCAAGCGCAUCACCAUGCGCGGCUUCAUCGUCGGCGACGCCGACUUCGGUCCCAAGUACGCGGCCGAGCACCAGCAGAAGCUGCAGCAGUGGGUCGCCGACGGCUCGUUCAAGGUCAAGCUGCACAUCGACGUCGGCAUCGAGAGCGCCCCGGAGGCCUUCCUCGGCAUGCUGUCCGGCAAGAACUUCGGAAAGGCCAUCCUGCAGAUUGCGGAUUUGGACAAGGAGUAA